GGAGCCACCCUGUCAAUCACAAUUAAGGAACCAUGGGAGUAAACUGCUAAGGAAGCUCGGCGCAACCACUGUGUUUACUUUACGGUGUUUUUUUUAUUUUAAUUUGCGCAAAAACGACAACUAUGCACCGGCACACUGUGGGACAUUUACCUCUGAUCUCGCCAACUGGGAACCGCUACACUUUGACGGGAAUUAGCAUGAGGCGUUACAUAUAACAACACAAACUUAGCGACUUUCAGUUGCUUGCGCCUAUUUUUUUUUUGCCCCCACAGCGUUCCAGUUUCAACAGAAUACACAAGUCACCAUUGGUAUUUGUACAAAAGGCGGUGCCGCAGAGGUUUUAUAUGAACUCCAAGCUCAGGAUAUACCCGUUUAUUUGACUACAAACCGUGGAAAAUCUGGUCGGUGCAUUUCAGAGAACUACUGCCUUGUCGGUGAGUCGACUUUCGAGGAAGGAGUGAAGGUAGGCUUACAAGAAAGAAGACACUCCCAAAAACAAACGGAGCCAAACAGCAAUCUCCGCUUCAGGGAGAGCAAGAAAGGAGCAGAUAUGAGUGGGGGAGAUGUGGUGUGCUCAGGGUGGCUGAGAAAGUCUCCUCCUGAAAAAAAGUUGAGACGUUACGCAUGGAAGAAGCGGUGGUUUGUUCUUCGCAGUGGCCGUCUGACAGGAGACCCAGACGUGUUGGAGUACUACAAGAAUGACCACGCUAAGAAGCCCAUCCGCGUUAUCGAUCUCAACCUGUGUGAGCAGGUGGAUGCUGGGCUGACGUUCAACAAGAAGGACUUGGAGCACAGCUUCAUAUUCGACAUCAAGACCAUCGACCGUGUCUUCUACCUGGUGGCUGACACUGAAGAAGAGAUGAAUAAGUGGGUCCGCUGCAUCUGCGACAUCUGUGGAUUCAACCCCACUGAUGACGUCACCAACAUCCCCUGCUCCGUCUCGAUGGGCUUCAGAGUGAGAGGAGGGCCGACCUGCCAGAUGAAGAGGGGUUCAGUAGGAGCCAUAGAGGCAGCAAAAGCUGCUCAUCACUCAGCCAUCGGAGGCCUGGUGGUGGACACCCCCCCACACCCAGCUCUAGGUCACAUCGUCGGCCCUGCAGCCAUGCUGACCAGUGUGCCCCCCCCAUACCAGCCAGUCAGUGUGCGACACCUGGACUCUCAGUCCAGCUCAGAGGAGCCGCAGGAUUACCUGUGGCUGGUCAACUGUGAGAGCAAGAAGCCCGAGCCCAACAGAGCCCAUGCUGAGUGUUCCAAGUCUACCUCGUCAGAGACAGACCUGAAUGACAACCUCCCCUCUCACCGCACGCCCAACUCCUCCACCUCCUCAGCGAAACACACCUCGCAUAACGGCUUCUUCCCGCAGCACCCGGCCCCCGCCUCCGCCUCUUCUAUCUACGACUCGCCUCCAUCACGCGGUGCCUCGCUCUCGACCGACGGCGGCCUUUACCACCUCCCUCGCAGCUACUCCCAGGACACUGUGCUGCUCCCAAAGUCGGCUUCCUCCCCUUUGGCCCAUCCGGACAGCGUGGAUGGCUCAGAGCUCUACGUCUUUAACACGCCGACGCGGAAACCCUCGAUGGAGUCACAGCUGCGCAACCUUUCCAUCAGUUACGAUAUCCCGCCGACACCGGGUGCAAACUCUACUUACCAGGUGCCCCGCACUUUAUCAGUGUCCACAGGGGUAGGAGGCUCAGAGUGUGGGGGAGAUGUAGUUCCCCCUCCCAGACCACCAAAGCCUUCGCUCAGUUCCACCUCAGUACUCCCACCCCCCACUGCUGAGCGCUCACCUACGGACACCUAUUGCGUGCCUCGCUCCGCGUCAGAGACGGACGGAAACUACUGUGUGCCAACCAGUGCUGGGAAUAAGUCUUUACGCAGCAACACUAUUGGCACUGUGGACAGUUCACGCCUUCGCAAAGAAUUGGUGAAUAUCCCAGGCUCAUCAGAUGAUGUGUUUUACUUUGGUUCCCAGGAUUGCUAUGACAUUCCUCGAUCAUUCCCCACCGACAAAAGCUGCUCGUUUGACUUCAACGAGAGCUUCAACAGCUACUUUAAAAACAAAGGAAUGAUGCCGGUGGGCAGCCAGUCCACAGAGGAGGUAGACCAGAACUACGUCCCCAUGAGUGCCAACUCCCCGUCACACCAUCACUCGGGCAGUUUGUCAGAGCCCAUCCACGAACCCAACUAUGUGCCAAUGACCCCGAGCACCAUGGAGUUCUCCUCCCUGGGAAAGCAGGUCCCUCCGCCCGCCCACAUGGGUUUCCGCUCCAGUCCAAAAACCCCUCCACGCAGGCCCAUGAUCAGUGACUGCCAGCCCCCGCCUGUGGACCGAAAUCUCAAGCCUGACCGCAAAGGUCAGAGUCCUAAAAUAAUAAGAGCAAAAGGUGUUGGUUUAGAGCGAACCGACUCUCAAACCGUAGGUGAAUUCCCGAGGGGACGACGCAAGGUAAGACCCGCUCCACUAGAGAUAAAACCCCUGCCAGAGUGGGAGGAGCCCUCUACGCCUGUCCGCUCGCCUGUCACACGAUCGUUUGCUCGGGAUCUCUCUAGGUUUCCAAUGCCAGCAACGAGACCGCCGUCAGUGCAUAGCACGGCCUCCACCACUGACUCCGACGAAUGUGAUGAGACUUAUGUAGCCAUGGACUCUAAUAUGUCCACAGAUGAACCAAUCUUGAAGCUUGUUGUCCCAAUGACUGUGGAUGGAGGGAGCAGCCCUAUGGUGAAGCCUAAGGGAGACAAACAGGUGGAGUACCUGGAUUUGGAUCUUGACCCCGGCAAGUCUACCCCACCUAGGAAGAUGAAAAGCAAUGGAACUGGAAUGGCAGUGGUGGAUGAGCGUGUUGACUACGUGGUUGUGGACCAGCAACGAACGCAAGCCCUUAAGAGCACCCGGGAGGCCUGGAACGAUGGCCGCCAAUCCACAGAGACAGAUGCCCCUUCCAAGGGAACCAAGUGACCUUGUUGUCCCCCAAAUCACCCUCCGAACCCCAAAACCGUUGAGCCUUUUAGACUAGUGUAGGCUCCAGUUUGUGCUUUGGGAUGGUCCAGCUGUCACGUUCCACCUGAGCAAAAUCCUUAAUGUGGAGGGGCCAGUGGAGCUUCAUAGCCACUAAACUGUUUAGUUUACACUGCUGUCAGGCCUAGGACAGCACUGUGUGUACAGUUGUAGAAAGUGAUGUGAGCCAGGUAUAAGCUGUAUGCAGUAUGAAAGCAGGUGGAAUGACUGGACCUGCCGUCUGGGUUUGACUAAAGCAGACUCACAAACUUUGAACAUUCACUGCCUUCUUUAUUGGAUUCAAUUUCUUUUUCUGUUUUCAAUGGCCGGUGGGCUGAUCAACAGUUAACAUUUCCUUAAACUAUAAUGCUGUUUGAUGUUGUUUUGGAGUGUAAGUGAAAUCACUUGAUAACAUGAUCAACAUACUUUAUCAAUGCAACACUCUACUACUUAGCAAAGCUGGUUAACAGUAUUGAUUUUCAGUUUCUCCUGUUUGAGCAGAGUGAAGUUUCUAUGGGCACUGGUCACAGGUCUGUUUCAGAAUUUCACUUAUUAUGUUUGGAUGGCAGAAACUGAUCCCAAUCUGUGUCUAGGAAUACUUCAGGUGGUUCCCAAGAUAACCCAGUAUGACAGAAUUUCACAUUAUUAUUUUUUUUAAUGCAAAGGCAGUUGAACUCGAUCGUUUUACAUGUAACCAAGUGCUCAAUUUAAGCUUUGAAUUCAAGGUUUAAUCCACUGAACAUGAUUUGAUUUCCAUUUACUUUGUACAUGGAGAUGCUUCAAUCUGUUAUAAUGGAAGUGCAAAGACUGUACAAAAGUGUUAUGUAUAUAAACAGGAAAAGUGUCCUUUUAUUUGUGUGGAAUAUCCAGCGUGUUUGACUCGAAGGUAUGUGGAUUCUGCAGGGUAGAAUCCUGUGCCUGUCUUAGGUGGUAUCAGGACUUGUGAUUAAUGAAUGAAUUACUGUGAGUUUUUAAAAGAACGUGACAGGUUUUCUAUAAGUUAUGCAAAGGUAUCAAACUAAGGCUAGAGAGAGCGAAAAUCAGGUACUAAUAAUAAAACUACCCAUUUCUAAUUUAUUUCUCAAGGUAUUUCAUCAGGUGGUGUCGUGUCCACUUUUAGCUCAGUAUUGUUGAUUCACAUAGAGGAACAUUUAGCUUACGUCUGUUAAAAUAAUAAGUUUGACAAGCGCCCAAUUAGUUCACAAGUUCAUUGAAAUUCCUCAUUUCUCUCUCGUCUUAGGUUUAAUUUAUUUCAAAUUAAACUGCAUACAGUUUUGGGAAAUUGACUGCCUCGUGUAGUCGACUUGAUACAUAUUUUAUAGACGGCGAAUAAAUCGUUAUGUCUGCAUAAAUCUCUGCUUUACUAACCUGUGAACUCUCACUCAAAAGUCCCAAGCAUGUGCUACCACAAGAUAAAAUCAUUGCUGUACAUAUUUUGCCAUCAAUUAGAUUACAUGUAUCAUUUGAAAAAUGUGCCUACUAAUUCAUCUUCAUUCUACUUCACUCUUUCCUUUUUGCAGUCUCUUUGUGAUACGGACUGCAAAGCUGAUGAUGCUUUAUCUUUUUUAAUGAAUCUCGACAGAAAAUGUAAAUUUUAAAAGUGGACUAAAUAAAAUCCAACCUCUUA